CUAGUGGCCAGCUUGCCCUCGCUACGUACGUGUUGCCCGGGGGCCACGUUUUAUGACCGGGCAGAAUCUGGCCCCGUGUCUUCAUGCUCCGAGCGACUUUACACACCUCCCCCGCGUCCCGACAUUACCAGCGGUGCCCAAAAAAGGACACGACUAAGCGUCGACAUUCCCAAGCUGUCGGCGUGGCCUGCCUCAGUUUCCCUAUCUGGGAACAAGGAUUCUCUUCCUUUGGGGAAUGGCAUGAGCGGGGGUUUCUCGGUGGCUGUGAGAAUUUCGACGUGGUUCCGGAGGAAGGAUUGGAUCCAAACAAAUUCAGCCCGGUGUUUCCAGUGGGUCUCUCGUCAAGAUCACGUUUUUGCUGUCAGCGUCUUUUCGAAAGCACAACGCCCUUCGGCGUUAAACCGGCCCGCGAGCGAUUGGCUCGGCAUUUCUGAGCAGCGGCUCUGUUCUGCGCCCCAGCCUGAGGAUCGAAACCACCACUGCCGAAGCGACGGAGGGCCAAGUUGCUCCAGUUCCAUCUUGAAGGAGGCACUUUGAGAUACAAUGGCCACGGCUCAGCGCUCGCACACUGGGAAGAAGCAGAAACCCGCCAAGGAGUCGCUGUUGUUUCCCCCGAAAAUUGCCACGGAGCAGCAGUCUCUGGUGCUGGUGAAAAGGCUUCUGGCCGUCUCAGUCUCCUGUAUAACCUACCUAAGAGGGCUUUUUCCAGAGAGCUCGUAUGGCACUCGCUAUCUAGACGACCUCUGUCUGAAAAUCCUUCGGGAAGAUAAGAGCUGCCUAGGGUCACUGCAGAUCGUCAAGUGGAUUCAGGGCUGUUUUGAUGCUUUGGAAAAGAGCUAUCUACAGAUGGCUGUCCUGGCAGUAAGUCCUACGGGAAAGGAAUGCAAGGUGUUAAACCAAUGUCCCUUUUUGAGUAUCUGUGUCUGUACUCAGGGACCAUUCAAAAGCUUGUGGCAGUGGGGUUACCCUCAAAUUUACACCAACCCCAAGGAGCCACAGAGAGUGACAGAGCUGUAUCAGUUCAAAUUCAAGUAUACCAAGGAUGGACCCCAGAUGGACAUCCUCAGCCCCCAAAUGAGGGUGAGUAGUGACGAGGUCAAGAAAGGCAGCAUUCUGCUGAUCCGCAAGCUGUACCUCUUACUUCAGCACCUUGGCCCCCUGCCCAACGACGUGACCCUGACCAUGAAACUCUUCUACUACAAUGACGUUACUCCAGAUGAUUACCAGCCCCCGGGUUUUAAGGAAGACAGCAGCCCAGAGAGCCUGCUGUUUGAUGGAGACCCUGUCAACCUGAAAGUCGGGUCCAUCGCCACUGGAUUUCACCUCCUGAAAGUCAGAGUGACAACCGAGAGCAAGAGGAUGAGGGAGUUGGGAAACAGCCUUGUCCAGGAGAACGGCCCCACGGAGAUAUCCCAUCAAGGGCUCGAUUGUGUCGAAGAAGAAGAGGGUAGGACCAAGAACCAUGCUCCGCCCAUCAGAGUAGACCCAAGUCAAAACAGGAAGAGUGAAACUGACUCAGAUCCAGGCUGCACAUACGAAGCAUCGAUUCUGCACCCUCCCGACACAGGUAAAAAAGACGACACGGGCGUGAAGGGAACAGACGGACUACCCUCCACUAAGGCUUCUGAGUGGGAACACCGCCUGGACUUUGCGUUCAGCCAGGAAGAGAUGAUGGAGCCAAGGAAGAAGAGGAAAGUCAGUGAGCCGGUUCAGCUGCUCCCGGCAGGCAGAAAUUGAUGGCUGCUGUCACGUAUCGGACGUCGGAGAAUGUGCGGAUUACGAUUCUAACAGGCCGUAAUGCAUUCCCCUAGGGAGGCCUAAUCUGCCAUCUUUGCAUUUAACUUGCUCGACGGGGCACAUUUUUACUUAGAUUAAAGAUCUCUCUUCUGGUUUUAAAUUCUUUCUGGCAUAGAGAUAACAGGCACAGGAACAGAUUAGCGAUCACAGGGUGGAGGAGAGAUACUUGUUUGAUGUUCGGAAGUGGAGGACCAGUAAUCCUGCCUAGGCCGCUACCCUGGCUUUCGUUCCCAUUCUCUGCCCCUCUCCGACCUGGGCUCCAGCCUCAGUGGCCGCAUUUCAGGUGCUCGUGUCCGCAGGCAGCCCAAGUGGUAUGGUUCAGUGUUUGUCUCCAACUGCAUCAAACCAGCAGUUUCCGGAGAACAGUUUUGGUUUGGUUUUUCAAAGGCGCAUGUUUCUCUACCUGUGUUGUCGGUAGAAAUAAACUAGCUAGACGUUUUA